AAGAGUUUAUCAUUAGUUUUGUAAUAUUGGUUGACCCCUGACGGCGGAGUAACUGCGAUAUCUAAGAUUGUUAUUUAUCAUGUGCAAAGUGCCGAGUUAGCAGUACGUUCUAGUAUUUUUAGUGGGAAAGUCAACACUGUUUUACUCCAUUUAAGUGAAAUGCAGAUUUUGGGACUCACAAGAUUACAGCAUGCUUCAAACUAUUCUAUCUUCCUUUCUUGCCACAAUGUUAAACACGGUCUUCGGCACAGUAGUAACUCAAAGGGAAAGAUAAUAGCUAUCAGAAGAGAAGAUCAGUCGGUAUGGGAACGACGAGCUCCAUUGGCUCCGUCAAACGUUCGGCGUUUAACGAGAGCUGGAGUCAAAGUUAUCGUGCAACCCAGCAACAGACGAGCAUAUCCUAUGCAGUCAUACCUUGCGGCUGGUGCUUCGUUACAGGAAGACAUCAGCGCAGCAUCUGUUAUUUUUGGAGUAAAACAAGUCCCCAUUGAUCAGCUAAUACCCAACAAGACUUAUUGCUGUUUCACCCACACCAUAAAAGCACAGGAAAGUAAUAUGCCCCUCCUGGAUGCUAUCCUAGAGAAGAAUAUUCGGUUAUUGGACUUUGAAAAGCUCACCGAUGACACCGGUCAGCGAGUUGUUGCUUUUGGAAAGUACGCCGGAGUUGCAGGAAUGGUCAAUAUUCUGCACGGACUUGGACUGAGAUUAUUGGCGCUAGGACAUCACACUCCGUUCAUGCAUAUCGGACCAGCGCAUAAUUACAGAAACUCAUCAAUGGCUCGCCAGGCAAUACGAGACGCCGGUUACGAAGUGGCUCUGGGCGCUAUGCCAAAAUCUAUAGGACCUCUGACUUUUGUAUUCACUGGGAGUGGGAAUGUGAGUCAAGGGGGCCAAGAAGUUUUCCAAGAACUACCACAUGAAUAUGUCCCUCCAGAAAUGUUGAGGAAAGUUGCUGAACAUGGCGAUAUAAACAAAAUAUACGCCUGUGAAGUGAGACGGAGACAUCACCUAGAGCGAAAGGAGGGAGGUGGUUUUGAUCCAGAGGAAUACGAUAAGUAUCCUGAGCGAUACAUCUCCACUUUUAGCAAGAAAAUUGCACCAUACGCAUCCGUUAUUAUAAACGGAAUUUAUUGGGCGCCUGACUCACCAAAAUUACUUACAAUACCUGAUGCAAAAAACUUGCUCAGACCAGCUCACACGCCUUGGCUUCCAACUAGCGUAGGAGCUCCUGCACUUCCGCACAGAAUGCUAGCGAUAUGCGACAUAUCCGCUGAUCCUGGUGGUAGCAUAGAGUUCAUGAAUGAGUGUACAACCAUCGACACACCAUUUUGUUUAUACGACGCAGAUCGUAAUAAGGACACCAAGUCGUUCAAAGGUCCCGGGGUAUUAGUAUGUUCGAUAGACAAUAUGCCUACUCAGCUUCCAAGAGAGGCAACAGAUUUCUUCGGAGACCUGUUAUAUCCUUAUGUGUCAGAUAUCAUUCAAUCUGAUGCUAAACGGCCAAUGGAGGAACACAACUUCAGUCCCGCCGUCUAUGGGGCAAUAAUUGCAUCCAACGGCAAACUCACUCCUAAUUUUGAAUAUAUCCAAGAACUAAGACAGAUUAAUAACAAAAGUCGGCAUAAGGCUGACUUUGGAGAUACACAGAAUAAAAAGGUGCUGGUAUUAGGCGCAGGAUACGUCUCUGCACCGGUCGUAGAAUAUCUUCACAGGGAUAAAAGCAUAGGGAUCGUAGUCGGCUCCCAGUUGAAAGAUGAGGCAGACUUGUUGGCGAACAAGUAUCCAGGUGUAGAGUCCGUCCUUUUGAACGUUUUAGAAAGACCGGAUACAUUGACGGAGCUGGUUGCUGAAGCAGAUGUAGUAGUAUCUCUGCUGCCAUAUUCUCUGCAUCACGUUAUUGCGAGAACUUGCAUCGAUACCAAGACACAUUUGGUAACAGCAAGUUACAUUAAUGACGAAGUCAAAGCUUUGCACCAGGAAGCAGAGGAAAAAGGUGUAACAAUAUUGAACGAGGUAGGUUUGGACCCGGGAAUAGAUCAUCUUUUGGCAAUGGAGUGUUUUGACGAUGUCCGACAAGCUGGAGGACUGAUCGAGUCGUUUGUGUCGUGGUGUGGAGGACUGCCAGCUCCUGAAUGUUCUUUCAAUCCGUUGAGAUACAAAUUUAGCUGGUCCCCACGUGGCGCGCUGCUCAACACUCUUUCCCCAGCAAAAUACCUACACCAGGGACAGAUAGUCGAAAUCUCUGGAGGUGGUGAUCUCAUGUCAUCUGUACAAGGCUUGACAUUUCUUCCCGGCUUUGCUUUGGAAGGUUUUCCUAAUCGAGAUAGCACCAAGUAUAAGGAUUUGUAUGGGAUUAAUAACGCCACCACCAUCUUACGGGGUACCCUGCGUUUCAAGGGAUACUCAGACACAAUACAGGGAUUACAGCUACUAGGUCUUAUAGACCCAAACCCUGUCCCCAUGCUGCAUCCUAAUGGGCCAGAUAUCACUUGGCGCAUGCUGAUCUGCAAUCUUUUGGGCUUGUCGAAUGACAAUAUUUUCUAUGAAAAUCUGAAAACCAAAUUAGCCGACAGGGUCGGUUCGGAGGAUCGCAUGCAAGCGAUAGAAGACUUAGGACUCUUGAAGGAUGAGUUAGUCCUGAAGUUGAAUACUCCACUAGACACGCUAUGCCAUUACUUAUCAAAAAUGCUUCGCUUGGAGGCAAAUGAGCGAGAUUUGAUUAUUCUCAGACACGAUGUAGGUAUAUUGUGGCCAGAUAACAAGAGAGAAGAAAAGGGCAUAAAUCUGGUUGCAUACGGAGACCCCCAUGGACACUCGGCGAUGGCUCGUGCGGUUGGAUACCCAGUUGGUAUCGCCACCAAAAUGAUUGUCGAUGGUGAAAUACAGCAACGAGGAGUCGUCCUUCCAUUCACUCCUGACAUUUAUCGUCCGAUGCUCAACAGACUGAGAGCGGAGGGUUUGGAAUCCUUUGAAACAUCUAGGUGGCUUUAAGAGCUUGGACGAGCUUUUCAUCGUGGAACUUCUAGCUGAGAUACAAUGAUUUUCAUCUUUAAUAAAAAGUUUAUCGACGACUUUUAAACUAA